UCGGUACCCGUUUCUAGCAGUCGGUUGAUCUCAUUCUGAAAGUGUUUUUGUCUUGUUUUAUAAUUGAAGUCUUGGAGACCUAAUUUAAUUUUUGGAUCCUGUUGCCAUUGACGGCUGCUGUUAUCAGCUAAAUCAGAUUAUUCCAGGCCAUUAAGUGAUAUGGAAGAAUCUGUGUGUGUUUAAAAUGAUACCCAACAGAGUGUAUGUCAGUGUUUUAUCUGACUGUUAGUGUGAAGGGCGGCUGGACAUUGGGUUACUGUGUGUUCAUUAGAGGUAAGGGGAGUACAAAGACCAUUGGAAACGGUCAAAAUGUUCUCUCCACCCUUAUCGUCUGUGUGUGUGUUCGUAGGUGUCUGUGUUGGAGUGAUUGUUAAAGCAAUUGGUGAAUUACUGUGUUGCUAUGCUGAACACGUUACUGUAUGGUAUGCGCCUGAGAGAGAGCAGUGUGUGUGGGGGGUUAAUUGUACCCUGGUCUGAGAUAAGCUCUUCUCCGGUGUCCGAUCUGAAUAGACCAGAGAAACUGCCUGCUGGACACAAACACAAGCCUCACUCUCACGACGUGGUUGCCAGGAGACUCCAGGCUUUGAGAGGCAUAAUAAAAUCAAAGAGUGUGUUUGUGGGGGGGGUGGCUUUCUUUGCCACUGUUAUGGCUGCUGUUGGCAGUUAACUCUGUGUUCCGGUACUGGAGAGGUCUUAGUGUUGCAUGCACUGGUGCUUAUUUCAACCAUGUACUAUACUUCAACUUAGUGGUGUGAGGGGACAACGCAUCAUGUCAAGGUUAUAAAGUGAAGAACAAACUGGGGGAAAAAAACAUUCAGACACUCUUGGAGAAAAUGGGGAAUCAGUUCAAACUUAAUUCAAACCAAUGCUACAUGAAAGACUUGUCUGUAGUACCUUAGUGGUGUGAAAGCACUUCUGAAGACUUCUGGACCCCUUAAGGACACCCGGGAGAGGAGACCCGGUCAUGCACGUAGGUUGACGUGAGAACCAUCUGACUGAGCUGCUAGCUGUUACCCUGUCUGAGUGGAAACCACAGUGACCAAGAUGGAGGCGGGACUACUGGAGAGCAGGCUGAGUAUGGAGGACUAUGAGAAACUGCAGAGCCUCUUUCUGGGUGACAGUGAAGCAGGCGUGUCCUUCUCCAGGGCAGAGUUUAUAGAACAAGCUUGGUCUGCAGUGAGACGUGGCUCCAGGGAGGAGUACGGCCUCCUAUUCGACAGUGUUGUUGUCACUCAGGAGCAGCGUAGCCUGCUAUUGGACAGUGCUGACGAGCGAGGGGAGAGGAGAGUAGACUGGGAGAGGCUGACUUCCUUCCUGCUGUUAGGGCUGUCAGAAAAAGAGGAGAAUGAACGGGCUGCCACCGUGCCUCGCUGGCAGCCUCCACGAACUCUGACCCCUCCACACCGUGACCCUGUCCAACAGGUGGUGUACCUGCGUAGCUCAAGCCGGUACCUGUCGGUGAGUAAGGGGGGCACGCUGGGGGUGUGGGCGGGGGAGGACUUUGCCCUUCUCCAAACACACCGCCUCCACAACGACUCUGUCAGGCCCAAAGAUCUCUGGGUAACAGCUAUGGUGGUGCUGCACAACGUAAACAAGAUAGCUGUGUCAUUCACCAGUAAGGAGCUGUGUUUCUAUGACUUGCUGUCCAAGCAGCAAUUUAGCUGCCAGUAUAAACUCCAGGGUCUGAGAUACGCCCCUCUCAGUCUGGACUACUGGUGUCACCCCACUUACCCUGCCCAAGCUGUACUCUCCAUAGGAGACACAGGGGGACAGGUCAGUGCCAUAUGCUUCAGGUCAGCUCAGAUCUCCCUGUUUGAGAGGCCCAGUCCAGGGGCAGAGACAGACUCUGCUGACAUCAUCAAGUGGAAGGAGCUAGUUGAAGGUCGCCAUCGCUGCUGCUACACACUGAGACACCGAGCUCACGGACACUCCUGGGUACGCAGAGUGCGUUUCUUGGGCUCUCUGGAGGCGUUGUUGUCGUGCAGCACCAGCCCCCAGAGUAGCAUGGUGAUUGGCUGGAGGGAGAAAGAGGGCGAGCCCCUCAGAGUCACCGCCUUCCACACGGAGAAAGGAACCAAUGACCUGGACCAUCACUCUGGGAUGAAUUUGAUAGCCACCGCAGGUAUAGACAACAAGGUGCUGCUGUGGAACCCCUAUGUGAUCUCUAAACCAGUGGGUGUACUCAGAGGUCACAUGAGCAGUGUUACAGCCGUACGCUUCAUAGUGGGCAAGAAACAGCUGAUCAGCUUCUCCAAGGACAAGGUGCUGAGGUUGUGGGAUGUGGCUAGUCAGCUGUGUAUUCAGCGUAUCGCCGGCAUCUUCCCCAAGACACAGGAGGAGUGUCACACUCUUCUGUUCCUCAGUGAGGAGCGCUCACGCCUCCUCCUCUCCUUCAACAGUCUGCUCCUCCUCAUGGAAGCCAAGAGAGAGGAGGGGAGGAGAGUCACCAGCCAUGAGAACGCUGUCACCUGUGUUCUCUAUAACAGCCUGUUCAGACAGGUGAUCAGCAGUGACUCUGGCUCCUCAGUGAUCUGUUGGCUGGUGGACACAGGUCAGAAGGUCAAGCAGUUCCACCGUUGUCAUGGUGAUGCUGAGAUCUCCACCAUGGCGCUGGAUGGGACACAGACACGCUUGUUCACCGCCGGCACAGACGGAGUAGUCAAGAUCUGGGACUUUAACGGUCACUGUCACCACAGGCUGAAUGCGGGCCGGGACCAGGCCGUGGACAUCUCCCAGGUUCUAGUGCUGAAGAGAACCGUGCUGGUCAUGGGCUGGGAGAGGAUGUUAACAGUGUUCAGACUGCCCUCGUUCUCCCAGUUCUUUGUUCAGCCCUCUGAGUGGAAGGGAGGAGUUCAGCAUAACGACGACGUCCUGUGUGCCGCAUUCCUGCCCCCUCAAACCCUUGUCACAGGAAGUUACGACGGGGAGCUGACGGUGUGGAACAACAGCACAGAGAACGCCCUGAGAAAGCUCCGUCCAGAUCCUGAGAGAGAACGCAGCAGGCCUCAGACGGUGUGUAAUGUGAACGGCGAGGAGGACUCAGAGAGCAGUGAUGGCGUCUCCAGACUCUUCUUCCUGCCAGGACGUAAGGGCGUUGCCACCGUUGGUGGAGCGGACCUGGUCUCAUGUGGCGGUUCUGGUCUGGUUCGGUUCUGGAACACGGUCCAUAGCGGUCUGGUUGCUGUGUUCACAGCUCAUAAAGACAUAGGGUCCAUCAUCAUGACCAUGACCGCCUGUGGUCGAUACCUGAUCACUGCUGACAUGGAGGGAACCCUGAAGACCUGGGGCAUACAGGAAUACUGCCUCCUGCCCAGCGACGGAGUGACCAAUGAGGCUCCAGAAUUGCUGGGUAGUCUCCGCCCACACAUGGACUGUGUAACUCACCUGGAGACGUGCCUCCAUGGCGGCAGGCUCCUCCUCCUCUCAGCAUCUGCAGACUGUAGCGUAGCUCUCAGCUACCUGCCUGGGGACACAGUGGGCGUGUUCGGACAGGAGGAGCACUGGCGUUUGGAUGGGCCUGGAUCUGUCCAAGUGGGAGAAGGAGAGCCUAGAGAGGGGACAGAGUCACCGCAGAGCCCCAGUGGUACAGACCCUGAGUUUGACAGCCAACCCCCCAAGAUGCGAGAGGAGAGAAGGGCAGUCGUGGAGACAGAGGAGGCUGGAGACAACACAGGCCUGGAGAGAGAGGAGCUGGGGUCAAUUAUUCCCGGUGACUGUCCUCCUCCGAGUAGUAUUUUGGGGCGAAGCUACAGGGAGAGGCAGGGCCUGAGGGUGAGUGACAGCCGACCUGGCCAUAGGGAGACACCAUUGAAUACUGAUGUUGGUACGUUCAGUGGGCUGCGUAUCGGAGAAGUACAGUCUGUCAGAGAGCUGUCCAGACCAGAGUUCGUCAUACACCCUCACCGCUACUUCAACCAUAGCGCCAAAACCAGCCCAAUAUUCACACCCCUACCUGCCAACACUGAGGUGGUGAAGGCUGCCUUUGACCAGCGGAGUCUGUUCCCUAAAGAGCUUCUGGAUGAGGAGGACAGGCCUAGCCAUGGAGCCAGGAAACAGGGGAGCAGGGAGAACCGGAUCAACGACAGGGGGCGUGGGAGGAAGGACAGACAAAGAAAGGGUAGUUCCUCUGGAGCCUUCAAGUGAAGACGUCAUUUAUAUUGUUAUCUACUUUAUCACGUUUCAAUAUAACUUAAAUGUCUGUCAAAUUAAAUCUGAUCAAUCAAGACACGAGUGUGUUUAUGUCUCUCUGCUUCCCCUCAUGAGAAAGUACUACUAAAUUACUACUACAUUACUACUACAUUACUAUUACAGUACUACUACAGUACUACUACAUUACUACUACAGUACUACUACAGUACUACUACAUUACUACUACAGUACUACUACAGUACUACUACAGUACUACUACAUUACUACUACAUUACUACUAAAUUACUACCACAUUUGCUACUACUACUUGAUUGCUAUUGAGAUGUGUGGUAAACCAGUAUUGAUUUAUGUAGUAAUUAGUGAUAAAUUUCACUACUUGUGAGCACUUGAUAUUUCCUACUCAAUUCUGGCGUGUUCACUAUCGAAUUACAACCAAAUGCCUAUAUAUUUCUACUGUAUCCCUUCUGCCAUUUACCUGUGUAGUGUCAGUACUGAUCACUACUGCCAUUUACCUGUGUAGUGUCAGUACUGAUCACUACUGCCAUUUACCUGUGUAGUGUCAGUACUGAUCACUACUGCCAUUUACCUGUGUAGUGUCAGUACUGAUCACUACUGCCAUUUACCUGUGUAGUGUCAGUACUGAUCACUACUGCCAUUUACCUGUGUAGUGUCAGUACUGAUCACUACUGCCAUUUACCUGUGUAGUGUCAGUACUGAUCACUACUGCCAUUUACCUGUGUAGUGUCAGUACUGAUCACUACUGCCAUUUACCUGUGUAGUGUCAGUACUGAUCACUACUGAGUUGUUCCUGAUCCUUUUUCAUUUCCUACAUUAAACUUUUUGAAUUAC